AAUUGGAAUGAUUGAAAGAGUAAAAUAUGAGUAAUGUAAGCAUGUGAUUGUGAUUGAGAAGCUAAAUCUAAAUCCAAAGCAUAGCGUUCAUUUUCAUUCAUUCAUUUAUUAUCAAUUAAUCAAUCAAUAGUAUAUUAAUAAUUCUCUACCUUCACUCCACUCUCAAACUUCAAAGACAACAUAACAUAACACAGUCAACAAGUUUGGUUCCUUAUUAUCAUCAAAACAAUAUCAUGGGACAAAUCUUCGAUAAAUUACAAGGUGAGGAGUGGAGAAAAAAGCAAAUUAGGAAGAUAACAGAUCGAGUUUUUCAGAAUGUAAGGAAUCAAGUCCAAACCGAGUACUUGAGUUUCGAAGAUUUGUAUAUUGCUGUUCUACUUGUCUACAAUGAUAUCAACAAGAUUAUUCCUGGUCCUCAUUUCGAUCCUCCAUCAAAAGAAACUGUCAAACAAAUCAUGCAGGAAUGUGAUAUGAACUUGGAUGGGGCAAUUGAUCAUGACGAAUUUUGCGAUUUCAUCCAGAAAAUGACAGCUGAUACAUUCACUGUUGUUAGUCAGAAACUUAUCAUCACUUUGGUCGUAGCACCAAGUGUUGCAAUGGCAACAAAAAGAGCCACUGAAGGUGUCCCUGGUGUUGGAAAAGUGGUGCAGAAGUUACCGAAUGCAAUUUAUGCAUCCCUUGUUACCCUUGCAGUUGUGUGGUUCCAAAAGAUGGGAGACGAGCCUGUAAUCUGAGUAGUACUAUCAUUGUUCACCAUUUCUUAUAAAACAGGAUGAUCGAAUUAUCCUGAUUGUACAUAGUAUUGCCACUGUUUUCAUGUUAGAAUUGCUGUCCUAAAUAAGAAUGGUUGUAUUUGGCAUUUUGAACAAAAAAUCUGCUCUUGACCUUUGUUUUAUGAUAAAUAAAAAUUUAGGCGAGCUGGGUUAAAGGGACUCA